AUGGACCUUGUUGGAAGAGGUGACUGGGACCCGUCGGCUAUACCUCCCCCCGAGGGCGAGUUGACCAGUACAGGCACCGGUCUUGUGGAGUCUGGGCACCAAUUUGCACCCUUGGAGUCAGAUCAGAUUGAGGUAGCCUUCGAACCAAUACCCGAGGAGCCUCAUCAAGAGGAAGCACCGAUAGAGUUGGACCCGGAGGAAGAUUCCGAAGAGAUGGAGCCAGAAGAGGAGCCCGAGAUGGAAUUCGAAGAAGAACCCGAAGAAGAACCGGAGGAGGAGCCUGAAGAAGAGAGGAUGAUUGAGGUUUCAUUGGAAUCGGGAGAUGAAGAUAACCCGAUUGAGAUCGAUGCUGAGUCUGAGUCCUCGGAGCAUCAGACUGACUCCGAUGAGACUGACUCUGAGUGGACCCCCUCUAGGGUUAGGUAG